CAAAACCCUUUUGCCGAACACAAAACCCUCCGUUAGUUCCUCGUAUUGCAGUUCGCAGCUUUCAAGCAAGCUCGCUCCUCUCACCGUGCUCUCUACUUCCACCACCAUGGCCAAAAAGAAACAGAGACCUCUCCUCUCGUCCUUCACUCCCGACGGCAAUUACCUCGCUCUUUUGUCUCCUGACGGCGGAACCAUAACAGUAUGGAACACAAGUGAUGGAAGCUUAUUUGCUGAGUGGAGAAAAUCAGAUGAGAAUUCUGGUGAUAGUUUUUCCUGUAUGGCAUGUUGCCUUGCAGGAAAGAAGCGAAAAAAAGAGCGACGAAAUUGCUUAGUAGUCCUGGGCACAGAGAAUGGAGAUGUUUUAGCCAUAGAUAUUUCUGCUGGUGCUAUGAAGUGGAGAUCUACUGGAUCCUUUUCUGGUGGAACUUCUAGUUUGUUCUUCACCAAUAAUUGCUCUAGACUAUGUGCUAUUGGCUCUAACGGUGUGGCAUUUGAAAUGAAUUUGGCAUCUGGUGAACAUAUAACAGAGAUAAAACUUUCAAAGAAGUCCAUCUCCUCAUCAGCACAUUCAUCUGAUGAGAGAACUGUGGCUGUGGUUAGUGAUAAGGUGCGGAUUUUGAGCAUGGAAACUGGAAAACAAUUGGUUAAGUUUUCCUCUGACUUGGCUCCUGUGCAUCGCAUUUCACUAUCAGAUGGUGCCAAGUUCAUUGUCAUUUCUGGGAAUGGUGGAGAACAACUUCAAGUUUGUAAACCCGAUUUUAGUGGAGCGGUUGUAAGUAGUGGGCCCAUUCUAUCAAUGAAAGAUUCCCCAAUAAUAUUUGAAUGCAAGAACAGAGGAGAAGAUGGUCUAGUUGUCCUCUCACUUUCUGAGGCAGGUGUAUGUUAUAUUUGGAAUUUAAAGUCUGCCGCUGACAAGAUUGUAAAUGCAACUAAGAUCACUGUGAAGGGCAAGAAAGGCCAACUAGAUCAGCAAAGAAGUGGAAAGGCCAAAAAAAGUCAUGUGCCCAUUAUAGCUGCCAGGCUAGAUAUGUUAGAGGAAAGCGAGCAAUUGCAUGUGCGAAUUGCAUUUGGUUCUAUUGACUCUCCUCAAUUUACGAUGGUAGACAUUGCUACCCCAGGGGAGGAUAUUGUCAUAGCUGCAGACAAUCAAUCUGUGAAUAUGAUUGCUGCUCAAGAAGGAGAAAUUCAUGGUGAAGAAUCUGUUUUUGAAGGUUACAGUAGUCCUGCUAAUGGAGUUGAAUAUAAUGAUGAUCUAAAUGAGCCAACUAUGGGCGAGAAACUUGCGAGUCUCAAUUUGGUAGAUGAAAAUGAAGCUAAAGCUAAUGGACCACUAGUUCCUUCAGUAGAAACAAAGCCUCCAAGUGCGGAUUCAGUUCAUGUACUGCUUAAGCAAGCACUGCAUGCUGAUGAUCGAGCCCUUCUGAUAGAUUGUUUAUUCAGACAAGAUGAGAAGGUAAUUGCAAAUUCUGUUUCUUUGUUAAAUCCAUCUGACGUUAUCAAGCUUUUGCAGUCCCUUGUAUCCAUAAUUGAGUCAAGGGGUGCUAUAUUGGCUUGUGCCCUUCCUUGGCUGAGAAGUGUACUUCUUCAACAUUCAAGUGGAAUAAUGUCUCAGGAAUCUUCUUUCCUUGCUCUCAAUUCUUUGUAUCAGCUCAUUGAAUCCCGUGUUUCUACUUCAAGCCAAGCUCUUCAGUUAGCCAGUAGUUUAGAUUUGCUCUAUGCUGGAACGAUUGAUUAUGGCACAGAUGAAGAUGGUGGUGCUGUAGUCCCUGCUAUCUACGAAGACAUGGAUGAAAGCGAGGAAGAGGAGGGCUCUGAAGUUGCCAUGGAAACUGAAAGUGAUGCAGAGAAGAAGGAACCUCAAGUUUUCAGCGAUGUGAGUGAUUUCGAAGGAAUUGAAGAGGAGAUGUAAUUGAAGCGAUAGAAUGGUGAAAACAUAGUUGGAAGCAGGAUAAUCAGAAACCAUUGCGUAAUGGUUUAACCACACAGGUAUUAGAAUAUAUGAACCUCUCUGGAAACAAUAUAUCUAACUGGAAGAGGAAGAGGCUAUUGAAGGCCUUCUCUGGAUAUAUUUUGAUCUCCAGAACGUUAUUGCUGAUGGCAUUUGUAAUUUUCAUUAUAUCCAUACAAGUGUUCUUGAUCAAUUAUUUAAUGAAACUAUUUUGAGUUCUUAACUA